UGGGCCUCACAAACAGAGCUGCACUCAUCCGACUGAUCCGGGACUAAAUAGUAUGCUGGAUAAGAGUGAGGUGUCAACACUGCCUUUGCCCCCCUCAGUGGCCCAUGGCGGCUCAGAUGGGAACAUCAGCGUGGAGGGGGUGGGGUCUGUGUUGGGGGCAGGGUCAUGGCAGGGGGAGGGCCCAGGGGAGGGGCAGCGAACACGCGCUGCUCUGGAUCACCUGCAGCAGAAGAUCCUGAAGAUCACGGAGCAAAUCCGUGUGGAACAGGAGGCACGUGACGAUAACGUGGCCGAGUAUCUCAAACUGGCUCACAACGCUGACAAACAGCAAGCGUCACGCAUCAAACACGUCUUCGAGAAGAAAAACCAGAAAUCUGCGCAAACCAUUGCACACCUGCACAAAAAACUCGAACACUACCACAAAAAGCUUAAAGAAAUCGAGCAGAACGGUUUGGCGCGUCAGCCCAAAGACGUGUUGCGGGACAUGCAGCAGGGCCUCAAGGACGUUGGAGCCAAUGUCCGGGCUGGCAUCAGUGGCUUUGGAGGAGGUGUGGUUGAAGGUGUGAGGGGCGGAGUCUCUGCACUUAUACGCAACAAGUUCGGCAGCGCAGACAACAUCACCCACCUGAAGGACACUCUAGGAUCUGGCCACACAGAGGACGCACCCCCUCGGGCACUCAGUGGCAGUGCCACGCUUGUCUCUAGCCCUAAGUAUGGCAGUGAUGAUGAAUGCUCCAGUGGCACCUCUGGGUCCGGGGCUGGGAGCAACUCUGGAGGGGGCGGGGCCAUCUACAUGGGAAGCCCACGAAUGGAUGGACAUCAUCACCAUCAUCAUCACCAUCAUCACACAUCUACGUCAUGGGACACACUGCUGGAAGGACUACAGGAGAUCAAAGCCAGUCAGGUGCACAUGGAGGACGCAAUGGAGGAAAUGAAGACACAGCUACAGAGUGACUACUCCUACAUGACCCAGUGCCUGCAGGAGGAGAGAUACAGGUAUGACCGUUUAGAGGAGCAGCUAAAUGACCUGAGUGAACUCCAUCAAAAUGAAUUGAGCAAUCUGAAACAGGAGCUGGCGAGUAUGGAAGAGAAGGUGGCCUACCAGUCGUAUGAGAGAGCUCGGGACAUACAGGAGGCAGUGGAGUCAUGCCUGACACGUGUCAGUAAGCUGGAGUUGCAGCAGCAGCAGCAGCAGGUGGUCCAGUUGGAGGGCGUGGAGAACGCUAACGCUCGCGCUCUGCUUGGGAAGCUAAUUAGCGUGCUGCUAGCUCUUAUGGCCGUGCUGCUUGUCUUUGUCUCCACCGUGGCCAACUUUAUUACCCCUCUCAUGAAGACCCGCGCCCGCAUCGCCUCCUCUGUUGCCUUCACCCUCUUCCUUAUCACACUUUGGAAACACUGGGACUGGCUGGAACUCUGCUUCCUGUCAGGCUGAGUCACAUGACCUCAGAGCUCCACCCCCUGCUACUGUGUCUGUGGAGAACUGAUGAAGCUUCUCACAUGAACACUGCCACUACUACAGAGAGCAUAAGUGGGACACGUCCCAUUUACACUAGGACUCUCUGUAUUCGGGCUGUACCUGAGCUCAGCAAACUCUCGUGACAUUAAACACCAUAUUUCUCGGACUAUAAGACGUGUUUUCUUGCCUUUUAUCAUUUUAGAUUUAACUUCCUUGUAGGCUGAACAUUUAUUGUUGUAUUUACGGUAGGUUUGAUGUUCCAGCAGCUAAAGGACAGUUAAAGGUUCAGGUUCACUGCCUGCUGUUGGCUUGGUGCUAACAUUAUACUAAAAACCUGCGGAAAUUAGCAUUACUGUAGCCAAAACCAUGUUCACACUGGACUUCCCACAUCUAGUCUCCGUACUAAGAGAUCGGGAUUGAUCUGGUCUAAAUUAUUAACUUUAUUUCAUUUUGUGUUCAGCGGUUAUUAAAUCUGCACUAAGAAUGCUGCGUUCGCUAUCGAUCACUGUUUAGAAAGCCGCCAUAUUGGAACUCUAGACUCUGAAAUCACACUGGGGUGUCUGUCAUGUGACUGAAUAAUCCAACAGGUUAUUUGUGUUAUGCAAAUAUGCAUCAAUUGUUAUGAGGAAUAGUGUGUAUUACUGACGCAAUACUACAUGACUUUGACAAGUGAACAGGAAAGCAGACUAAAGUAGCGCUAGUGAGGUUGUGCUAACUCUAAAUGCUAAUCCUUAUGCUAAUAGUAACAGCCUGUGUUAAAGUGCUCAAUAUACAUCAGCUAUGGAGUCUAUAUUACUCAUGUACAUGAAGCAGUGACAAUCGUCAUCAGCACCAGUGUGGUGGCAGCACAGAGUCCGCCACUGCAUCACUGCCAGCCAGUGCACUAUUUCUGUGUCUACAGCGUAUCUGUGCAGUGUUUACCACUAGGAGGCACUAAAAAGUUCUUUAGACUGAAUGCGAUCCCGAUGUUAAAAUAAAUAAACGCGUCUUAUAGUCCAGGAAAUAUGGCAUGUGUUAGAGACUGUAGAGCACCCGACACGUGUUAGCUUUACACUCUUUUAUAUGCGCUUCUGAAAGAGAAGGAAGGAUGAAGGAUGGACACAUGGAAAGGGCAUCUUUUUUUAUUAUAAUUUUUUUAUGUUGCUGCAUGUGAUGACACACAUCAGGAUUUAAGGUUAACCUCUUGACUCUGGGUCGUUUUCUGUGUUUUAUCUGUUUGAAUAAAGUCUCGGCUUUCAUACUGUGUUAAUCUGUUGAUCAAUAAUCCUGCACUUUAGCAUUAGCUCUUUAGCAGCAGCUAAUUACGACACAACGUGCUAUUAAGCAAAUUAGAGCUAAGGGAAACUAUUGUGUUAUUAUUUAAUUAAACCCAGUAGCCAUGUUAGCUUGCAAGUUAGCCACUAAAACCAGCUAGCAGUACAAACUGUCUGUGGCUCGGGAAGUAUUUAACUCUGCAAGAGCUUGAACAUAAACUCAGUUUUUUUUUAUUUAGAACACAUCUGACGUGAUUGUUGAUGUUCAAGAUGGUUCCAUGUCUUAAUGUUGUAUCUUUAAAACACUCGCUAGCUAAAUUAUUAGCCUCGCUUUUUUUGCUAGCUCUUGCUUGAGGACUGUAUGUUGCCAUUAUGUUACACACUUACAUCCAGGAUCUUGGCAGACGUCUAUAGUACAGAUAAUAAUCUGAUAUUGAAGUCUUUACAGUAAGUUCACAGCGAGGGCAGUCUGGUCGUGUUAUGAAUGUUUACGUGUCAGCGCUCUGCAUGACAUCAUGUUGUUGUGUUUGUCCAUGUUUAGAUCCUCAUGAUGACGAAGCUGGCACAUAGCGCCACAUUAACAGUUUUAUUACGUUUAAUUUGUGUCCCUUAAUUACAAAAGAACCAAACCAGCUUGUAUGUGCAUUUGGCUUUACCGAGAGCGCUGCGGAGAGAACGGACUGGGAGAACUCGCGUUUCCUCGGCGCUCUGAUCGAUAACACUCUCCAUCAUGGCUGUUUUAUACUCACAGUGCUGUACAGAGUCACAACUACAUCGCCGGCAUGUUCACUCACUUCUCAUAUUUAUACCCUGUAACUGCACUGUAAUCUUAAUA